CUUGAGAAUGAGGGCCCAGAGCGCUUCAACUACUACGCAUGACCCCCUGUCAUGCUUUUCUCGUCUGAUUUAUGUCUUCUCUCACUCAAACACAACAUUAGGCGCAAAGAUCCCCAUCCGCCUGCUCGCAUCGGAUUGUCGCGCCGCGCUCCAACUUGCGUUGCCAGCCGCGUCGGUUUGGCAUGCGCGUCUUGUGCGACUUCUGAUGGCUGCUCCAACAGCCUGCUUGUACGACUCUGGUGAAAGCAGCUUCGCAGCGUCGCUCGUAAACCCAUGCGGAAAGCCUGUGCUCCGAAAAACUACUGACAAUGCCACGACUCAGCAAUGCGGAGAUGGAGGACUUAUGGGAGGAACUCGCCGCCCCUGAGGGCUCUAUCCCGGUCCAUGCUGCUGUCGAUAUUGGAGCAGAAGCGCGCGAGUUGGAGACGCCCAAAUGGCCCGAUUCUGAGUCUUCUGUCGCGUCUCCAACCUCACCGGCGGGUUCAGCAUCUCUCGGAUCGGACGCCGGCGCCUCAGAGUCGGAGCACGCUGGCGGUUUCACGGUGGAUGUCCCCGAGUGUAACAUGAUAUCGCCGCUGUCAUGUUACGAACCCUUUGAUGCCGGAGCCCCCACAAUGUCCGAGUCUCGUGCGCUCGCGACGCUGGCUCCGGAGUGGAAGCGUCUCCGGCGAUCGGACGACGACGAUGUGGAGGGCAUCGAGUACGACCUCGACGACUUUGCCGCCUAUUGCGACGCAACCGCGUAUCCUUGCGAGAUGCGGCCCCUGCACCAGCUGGACACUAAAAUGGGCGUUAGGAACCUUUACUUUGACGGCGUCCUCAGCAUAGGCGGCCAGCACCGCAUCUUCGUCAGGCGCGUGCCCAUCGCCGCCAUGCCCAUCGGCAACUACGGCACGCAGCACGACACCGCUCAGGGCCACAUCUGGCUGCAGUCGGAGCUCAAUCGUAACCGGAGUAUCUACUACAAGCUCGGCAAGCCCGCCAGAGAGUACCUACGCUACUAUCGGCCGAUGCUCUGGGUCGUCGACCUCGCCAAGCACUUUGUUGACUACCUGCAGGUCACAGGCGACGCCUCCAAGAGCGUGCAGAUUCACCACUUCCGCAGCGUGUUUAUCGCCUGGCUGCAGGACACACAAAAGAGCUCGCUCGCCUUUGAUGCGUGGCGCCGACAGCACCCGAGCCCUGACUUUCGGUCGUCGGUCGUCGCGCACAUCAACUUCCUACACAAGGAGGCCGUCGGGGUGCUCGGGUACAAGGCCACGUACAAGCACGACGUAUGGUCCGAGGCACUCUUACUCACGGCUUACGAGCCGCAACCUAGGGCCAAGGACCCCAAGACGGUCGUCACGCAGUACAUGUACGACCUCUUCAAGGACAUGCCGUUUGGUGAUCAGCUCAUCGUGGCGCCCAUCAGCCCGAACAUCCAGCAGCUGCGCGACGAACUGAUCCACGAGCGGCGCAUGGAGCUGCCCUCGCCCGUUCACGAAGCAGUCAAGGACGUUUCGUCGGCAGCCGAGGCGCGGAUCCGCGAUGUCAAGCCCGGCGACACCAUCAGCACGCCCCGCGACGACGAGGCCUCAGGUAGCAUGUGGAAGCGCGAGGUGUCCAAAGGGUUCCACGACGUGGACCGUUGGUUCGCGCUGGUGCAGAGCGUGCGCACGGCCAAGAGCGGCAAGCGCGUCUUCGACGUCAUCUGGUAUUACCGGCCCGUGGAGACGCUGUGCGGCGUGAUGCACUACCCGUGGAACAAUGAGCUCUUCUUGUCUGACCACUGCUCUUGCAAGGAGCGCAACAAGAUUAGCGAGGACGAGGUGCUGGGCGUGCACGAGGUCGAUUUUGGCGGCUCCUCGGCGACCACGGCGGAGUUCUUUUGUCGGCAGACAUACGUUCACGCCGAGCGCAAGUGGGUGACGCUGCGAGAGAAGCACAAGCACUGCAAACAUACGAUGGAGCGCAGGCGCCCGGCGAAGUACCGGCCAGGGGACACCUUACUCGUGCACCUCGACACCAAGUCCUCGCUGGCGGAGCCCUGCGAACUCGUCUCGUCCUAUAGGGAGGGCGAUGGCAAGAUCUACCGGCUGCGGCGGCUGCUGCGACGGCGGGACGUCGAUCAGGAGGCUCACACCUCACCGCCCAACGAACUCGUAUACAGCUCGAGUCUCAUCGAGGGCCGCAAGAACCGCAUCGUCGGCCGGUGUCGGGUCCGCUUCUUCCCUGCGGGCAGCCACAUCCCGACACCAUACGACCGGAAUGGGGUGGGUGGCUACUUUUUCUUUUCAUACAGACUGAAAGAAGCACACGAUGGCGUUCGGCGUUGCGAGGCUCUCGACGCGGCGCCCGAGAGCCUGCGGCAGGGUUGGAACCCGGCCGCGACGGUGCCCCAGCUUCAGGGAGUCGACCUCUUUUGCGGCGGCGGCAACUUCGGGCGCGGGCUCGAGGACGGCGGAGCGAUCGAGAUGAGAUGGGCCAACGACUACGAUAGCAAGGCUGUGCACACGUACAUGGCCAACGUCGAGGUGCCGGGACGCGUGACGCCAUUUCUCGGCUCCAUCGACGACAUGCAGCGGCGAGCCAUGGCUGGUGACUUGAGCAGCAGCGUGCCGCGCGUCGGCGAUGUUGACUUCGUCUCCGCCGGCAGCCCAUGCCCAGGAUUCUCGCGGCUCACAAACGACAAGACGACAGUGGCACAGCGCAAAAACCAGUCGCUUGUGGCGGCGUUUGGAUCCUUUGUCGACCUAUAUCGGCCGCGGUACGCACUGCUGGAGAAUGUGCCGGGCAUCGUGCACAAGCGCGCGAACCGCGACCAGGACGUCUUCAGCCAGCUCAUCUGCGCCGUCGUCGGGCUCGGCUACCAGGCGCGCUUCUUCUUCCUCGAUGCGUCGUCGUGCGGUUCGCCGCAGCGCCGAUCGCGGGUCUUCCUCGCACUCGCCGCACCAGGCUGCCAGCUACCCGACAAGCCGCUCAUGACGCACUCGCACCCGCCGCAGACCAAGGCGCUGGGCCUGGGGAUGCUCCCGACGGGCGAGCCCAUGGCGGUGCGCGAGAUGCCGCGCGCCACGCCGUUUCACUUCGUCACGGCGCUCGAGGCGACGGCCGACUUGCCUGUCAUAUACGACGCCAAGCCCGACACAUGCGUACCGUUCCCAGACCACCGCGUGUCACUAGGACUCACGCGCAGCCAGCGGCUACGCAUUGCGGUCAUCCCAACGCAUCCCUGGGGCAUGAACUUUUCGCGCGCUUGGUACGGCACAGGCGCGACCAAGAAGCCGGGGCACGGAAUCAUGACAUUGGCGGAGCGGGCCUUUUUUGCUGGCACUGACAGUGGAUCGGGCACAGCAUCGCCCAUCAACGACAACAAUCGCGUGGGUGAGGCGCAUGCCAGUUCCAACGCGUACGGGCGCAUGUACCCGGACCGUCUCAUUGAGACGAUUGUCACGACACAGAAUCCGCGGGACGGCAAGAACGGGCGCUCACUGCACUGGAGCGAAGAUCGCGUGCUGACCAUCAUGGAGGCGCGUCGGGCCCAGGGCAUGCGCGACCACGAGGUGCUGCUAGGCUCGCCGGCGACGCAGUUCAAGAUUGUGGGUAACAGUGUGGCCAGGGAGGUGGCCGUGGCGCUGGGCAUUGUGUUCCGCGAGGCGUGGGUCGAGACGCUCCUCGGGGACAAGGUCGACGAUGAGGGCAUCGAGGGAGAUGGUGGCAUCGAUGGCGCCGACGCGGUUCCGUCUCCCAUGUCCUGGGGCGACGCGCCCCACGAUAGACCGGAGCAAACAGCCAGCUUGGGGAGCAGUCCUCCGCCACCGGCCAGGAAGCGCAGCCAGUCCCUAGCAGCGGAGAUGUCAGACCGCAAGAGGCGACGCGGCGAGACACCGGGGAGCCAAGCGAGCAUUGUCAUGGCACCCAGCCCGCUCGGAAGAGCUGUCAUGAUGCAAGACGAAAAUGCGGAGAUUGACGACGUGCUUUGAUCGACGUGGGCGACGGCGGCUCGAGCAGAACUGAUGUUUCUGCUUCUGGGGAGCGGGGGGGGUGUCAUGUAUGUUCAUACGGUGUAUCAUCACGACGAUGGCCGAGAAUGUGUGUCCAUAUAGCGGAGGCAAGACAUCAGGUAUAGACAUUGUGUGGCGUUGGUGCACAGGCGAUUGAUACCAAGUGCUGUCCGAUGGCUCAAUAGAGAAGAAGCAUACAAAUAGAGGAUCCCCGAUCCGCUUUUCCUAG